UUAUACACGGCUUUGUCUUGUGGUUGUAAAGUUAUUUAUUUUGUUUUCGUCUUUGUGUUGAUAUCUUUAACUUUUUGCCUGAGAGGAAUUCAGCGAAAACGUUUCCGUGAGAGCUCCGACGGAGACGUUUUCACAGCCUUUAACGUAUUUUUCCCACCCGUGGCCUCUGCCGGAGUUUCCAUCUUGGAAUCGCGGAUCCUUCACCAACUGCUUAUCGGGACUUCCAGAAAAUCAAAGAAUGAGUAAUGGACUCCAUUGAGAAGGCAAUACAGGCCGUGCUACCACAGCUAGAUGAAGCAAAGCUUGAAACUUUAGUCAAUGAGUUGGUGAAAGUAGGUGUUGAAGGACCAGAUGAUCUGCAGUUUAUUCAAGAAGAUGACAUCAAACAUCUGCUCACACCCAUUCAGUGCAGAAAAAUUAUUCAUUCCUUGAAAGGUCCUUUCAAUCCCCAGCUGAGCCCUUCAUCGUCUGAGCCACUGUCAGUUGCCUCUUCCAGCACAUGCCCCAUAUCAUCUAUAAGUUCCAUCUCUGCAUGGGUGAACAGUUUUGAGGUGCCAUGGAACAAAGUGAGGCUGACUCUUAGAAGAGCAGUAGAUGCUGGUGAGAGGCCAGCUCCGGAUGACCGCAGACACUUGAUAAAAGUCACUGUUGAUGCGAUGAGAGAGCGUUCCUUGAACCCUACUCGCAGAGAGUGUGUGGUAGUGGCUAAAGCUAUAACUCAAAAAUAUCCAAAUAGCUUUUUAGACAAAAAUGAAGAAGGGGAGCUAAUUGGAUGUGGGUAUUUCAGCGUUAUAAAUCAGCUCAAAACCAGAGUAGAAUAUUUGAAUCGAGGCAACUCUCUUUCCCGUCUGAGGAAGCACAAACGCACCCAGAGAGAUGAUGAGGAUGGUGAUGAUGACCAGCCAGCAGUAGCUACAUGUGCAAGAAUCGACAGUUAUGGGUGUGUUCGUUGGCAGCCAGACGACUAUCCAGAUGGGGAAACAUCAGCAUCAUUAAAGAAAAAGAAGCUUGAGAUGAUUGAUAUAUUCAGCCGAGAGGGACUAAAGGGCGCUGAGAGAGGAAGGGUAGAAGACCUAAUGGCAAUCACUUAUGCCAAACAGCGGGAAUACAUCAACGCAAAGCCUUCCCCAAGCAUUCUGGAUGUGGGUAGAGUGGCCAUUUCUCUUUUCACAGAAGUUUUUAUUGUCACACUUCACCAAUCUCACCAAUGUUGAACUAUACACAAGACUGAAUGAAGAUAUGGACAAAAAGGGUAAAAGACUCCUGGAUUUCUUCAGUAGUCAGAUUACAAAGUGGAGGAAAGAAGUAAGAGCUGUUCUGAAGGAAGCCAUAAAAAUGGAC